AUGACGUUCUCACGUGCUAUAUUUUUCGCUGCAACAGCAGUCACUAGUGCAGCAGGCUUGAACGUCUUGAAGUAUACUACUACGCCCAACGGCUUUUACAAUGCUCCGAGAGGCUUCAAUACGUGGCCGAUCCAGGCCAAUCCUCUAACCACUCCGAGCUGGACCGGCUUUGACGAGUCCAACGUGAAAGCUCAAUGCGGUGUCCUUGGACAGCCCGAUUUCCAAGCAGCGGGGUACAAGUAUUGCAGUCUCGAUUCGGGAUGGUCGCAGGACGGCGGAGACGAGAAUGGCCGCAUCCUCUACAACGCUGCCACAUUCGACCUUCCAGAGCUCGGUGACUGGUUACAUGGCCGGGGUCUCUCACUUGGGGUGUACAUCCUGCCAGGGUUCUUUUGUUCAGAUGCAAACAAGACCAUCAUUGGCACUGAUAUCCCGCUGGGCAGCAUCUGGAAUGGCAACGACAAUGGAUUCCUUCGCUGCGAUAUUGACACGGCCAAGGACGGCUCUCAAGAGUGGCAUGAUAGCAUCAUUGAGCUAUUCGCUGAAUGGGGUGUUGACUUUAUCAAACUCGAUUUUGUCACACCAGGCAGCCCUGAUAAUGGAGGGCAUUUGAGUCCGGACACGAGCGGCCAAGUGGUCCAAUACCACAACGCCAUCCAAAAAGUCGGGCGGCCGAUGCGCCUCGAUAUCUCAUGGAAACUCGAUCGAAGUGACCCGUACUACAACAUCUGGAAGGCCAACGCCGACUCGUUCCGGACAGACCAAGACCUCAAUAACCAAGGAGAAGCAACCUUCAUCCACUGGAAGACCGUACAACGAGCCAUCGACAACUACCGACAGUACAUCGAGCUCCAGAUCCCCAAGAACGAACCGCUGUCGAUCUACCCGGACUUGGACAACGUGAAUGUGGGCAACCCGGAAGCAACGACGGGUGUCUCAGACGCACAGCGCCAGACCAUCAUGACCCACUGGAUCGGCACGGCUGCGAACCUGAUCACGGGCUCGGACCUGACCAGCCUGGAUACUCUUGGGCGCAAUCUACUCACGAAUCCGCAGGCCAUGGCUGUUGCAGACUUCACGGCCAAAUACCCGGUCCAGCCUCGCAACCCUGGCACCGGCGGCACCAGCGCGCAGCAGCUUCAAGCGUGGAUCGCGGGGCCCUCUGAUGACCAGGCUGGCGAGGCCGUCGUCAUAAUGGCCAAUUACGGACCUGACGAGGGCGAUGGCGGAUUCGGUCAGCCCUUGCCUGGUGUGCAGAAUGUGAAUGUCACGUUGGAGGAUCUGGGCAUCGAUGGCAAGGCCUGGCUCUGGCGGAGUAUCUGGGAUGGGGCGAGUGGUACGGUUGGUGUCGAUGGGGAGUUGAGCUUUGAUUUGGAUGAGGGGGAGAGUGUUUUAUUAAGACUCACGCCCGCGCCGGCGUAUUGA